AUGGAGGUUGCAAAGCGAGCUUAUGAGCGAGUAAUGGAAUGGAUAGCAGCAACAUCAAGUGUCCAAGUACAAACUAAUAGUUUCUUUAUCGAUAGAGGUACUACUUGGGAACCACCUCCACAAGGUUGGUUGAAGUGUAACUUUGAUAGUAGUUUUCAUUCUGAUAGUGAACAUAGUGGUUUAGGUUGGAUUGUCAGAUGGGAUCAUAAAGGUGCAUAUAUCGACUCUGAUUUUGCUCAUAUUGAAGGUAUCCAUUCGUCGUUGCAAGCAGAAGCAUCAGCGUUUCUACAAGCUCUCCAAAUGGUUUGGGUUAAAGGAUGGCGAAAUGUUUGGUUUGAAGGAGAUUGUUUACCAUUGGUCAAUAUCGUCAAUAUGAAGAAGGAAAAUAUAGAGCUUGCCAGCCUUCUAGAAGAUGUUCGAUAUUGGAUGUCUAAACUUCCAAAUUGUUCUCUUGGUUUCAUCAAUCGAGAAAGGAAUAGUGCUGCAGAUAAAAUAGCUAAAUAUGCGUAUUAA